ACCCAGAGAAUCUCGUAACUCCUCCCAUUUUCCCCCCCUUUUUUCUCGUGAAGAUAACCUGUCAACAACGAAUUCCGUUAAUGUUCGUGUGGAAUAAACGAUGUACUAUGUGAACGUGUGUUGCAAUGACUUAAUUAUAGAUCAAUAAAUAUUAAUACGAUUAAAACAUUAAUGCUUGCUAUAUAUAUAUUUGUAUUUCCAUCUAAGCAGGUACAAAUUAUGCAUGUUCAUGAAUUGCAAACCAAAUUAGAAACAAUCUGUAUCUGUGUGUGAUAUUUAGCAGUGUUUUACUAAAAAAAAGGGGGAGGGGUGGUAUUCUACACAGUAAGUUAGUAUGCUUUGUUAAAAAAAAGUCUUGGCAUAUUAGCUGUUUAAUCAAAAACUAUUAAGUAUAUAACUAUGCAAGCAGAAUUUGUAGAAGAGCAAAAAUAUUUGAAUAAUAUAUAUAGUGAGUCACGUUCAUACCAACACGACUUAAAGAAAAGUAUGUACACUUGCCAAAGUGGCAGACCACAUAUCUGUCAUACCUGUUGCAAAUCAUUUUCACAUGAAGAAAACUUGAAGAAACAUAUUUGUAUUCAAACUGCCAAGAAGCUGUAUGAUUGUGAUUUAUGUUUUAAGUCUUUUGAAUGUGAGGAUGCUUUAAUGCAACAUAUGCACAUUCAUCCUGAUGAGAAGCCACAUAAAUGUGAUAUUUGUUGCAAGACAUUUGCAUGCAAAUAUGACUUAACAAAGCAUAAGCAUAUCCACACCAAUGAGAAACCAUAUUUAUGUAAUGUAUGUAGUAAGUCAUUUUCACAGAAGCAUAAUUUGAAUGCACAUGUGCACAUUCACACAGGUGAGAAACCACAUGAAUGUGAUGUUUGUUGGAAGUCAUUUGCUCACAAAUUUGCUUUAAUGCAGCACAUGCAGAUCCACACAGGCAAGACACUACCUGAAUGUGAAGUUUGUUCCAAAUCAUUUGCGUACAAAGGUAAUUUAUUAAAACAUAUGCGUGUGCACACAGGUGAGAAGUUAUAUGAGUGUGAUAUAUGUUACAAGUCAUUUGCCUAUAAAGGUGACCUAAAAAGACAUAUACUUAUUCACAAAGGUGUAAAGCCACAUGAAUGCAAUAUAUGUCGAAAAUCGUAUAUAUGCAUGGGUUAUUUAAAGGAUCAUAUGCUCACCCACACUAAUGAAAAACGACAUAAGUGUGAUGUAUGUUCUGAAUCAUUUGCACGUAAAGGUAACUUAUACAGACAUAUGCGUAUCCACACUGGUGAGAAACCACAUGUAUGUGAAGUCUGUAGCAAGUCAUUUUCAUGUAAAGGUCACUUAAAUAUGCAUAUGUGUAUCCAUACAGGUGAAAAGCCACACGAGUGUGGUGUAUGCAAGAAGACAUUUGCUCGCAAAGCUCACUUAAGCCUACAUAUGUGUACCCAUACAGGUGAAAAACCAUAUGAAUGUGAUAUGUGUUGUAAGUCAUUUGCAUGCAGGUCUGACUUAAACAAACAUACACGUACUCACACAGGUGAAAAACCAUAUAAAUGUGAAAUAUGCUGCAAAUCAUUUGCUCAGAAAGGUAGCUUAAAUUCACAUACGCAUAUUCACACUAGUGGGAAAUCGCGGUAUUUACGUAUUCUCUCACCGACCAUGAGAGUUGGUGGAGAUCCGACUGCACCAACAAUUCCGGUGAAAGUUUGAAUGAAUAUAUUGCUCUUUAUUUAAUUAGAUAAUCAGUAAAAUCAUGUUACGAAUAUGGUGUAUAAAGGCUUAAAUAACUACAAGCUCAAGCUUUGAGAUUAUCUGGCUAAGAAAUUGAAAACUGCCACAAUUAUUACUUUACUGUGCUUUUAUAAUAUACCUUUAGUUGAGACAUUAUAUUAUAAUGUUUCCUUAGUACAUGCUAGCAUAUGAAUAUAUUGAGAUAUAAAAGCUGUUGAAUUUCACACGUCUAAAAUAUGUACUUACUUGUUAGUGGAGCCCCCUUGGCACAGUUUGGCAUUUUUAUUCAGAAGAAAAAUAAAUGAUGGCAUAAUUGCAGAUUAUUCUUUAUACAUGCUAAUUAAUACAUUCAUAUUUUAUAUUUAACUUGAAAAUCAAUCAUUAAAGCUACUUGAUACAGGUUUGUA